AUAUUCCGUUCUAGCAAGUGGACAGAUAUAAGGAACUUGAGUUAGUUUUAGAGGCACUCAGUACACGUUUCGUUAGUCGUCCGUUAAUCUUCGAAGGAAGCCAAUUCAUCGCAUUUUAUCAUCGCCGAGAGAGAGGUUUACGAAUCUUCUUCUCCACCCUGAUUGAUAACAUUCUUCGGAUGUUCGAGAAAGAUGGUUGCGUUAGGCCCUUAGAGACAAGUUCGUAACUAUAAGAGACGCGAGAUGAAUCCGAUGGACGUUGGAUCUGAUUGUAAACCGAUUGAAAGAUCACGUUACAGUGUAUACGUGUGUGAAAAGAAGACGUUGCACCAUUCGCAGAUGCUGUAUCCUCGUUUCUGAGAGCCAUUCUUGCCGUUUUUUCUCAAGGAUCAAAUAGAAGAAUAAUCGUUGAAAGAAAAUUGAUUAGAUUGUAGAAUAGAAACGAAAGCAUAAGGAAGCAAAAAAACAUAGGAAUCCGAAACAUACCUUCUACCGGGAAAAAAUCAAGCAACUUUACGAAAUAAUCCAGGACGCAUUCAUUAACAAAUUCUUGAUAUGGCCACGAUGGCUGGAGGAGAGUAUACAUCCGUGAAGGACUUUUACAGAGACAGGUCGAUUUUUAUAACUGGAGGUACAGGUUUUAUGGGUAAAGUUCUCGUCGAGAAGCUAUUGAGAUCGUGUCCAGAUAUCAAGAAUAUCUAUCUUCUGAUGAGACCCAAGAAAGGCCAGGAUGUGCAAGAGAGAUUGCAAGAACUUUUAAAUGCACCGCUAUUUGAGAAAUUACGGCGGGAUUCUCCGGGCGAGCUGUCGAAGAUCAUACCCGUAGCUGGUGAUGUUACGGAGCCGGAACUGGGCAUCUCGGCAGACGAUCAAGAUAUGUUAAUACGAUCCGUAUCGGUCGUUUUUCACUCAGCGGCCACCGUUAAAUUUGACGAGGCGUUGAAACUUUCGGUCACCAUAAAUAUAUUGGGUACCAAAAGAUUGGUUCAAUUGUGCCACCGUAUGCGUAACGUGGAGGCGCUUAUUCACGUCUCGACGGCGUAUUGCAAUUGCGAUCGGUAUGAUGUCGCCGAGGAGAUUUAUCCAGUGGGGAAGGAGCCCGAGCAAGUGAUUGCUCUGACAAAGUGGAUGGAUGACAAGAUGGUCGAGGAAUUAACUCCAAAUCUGAUUGCUGAUCGACCAAAUACAUACACAUUUACUAAAGCGUUGGCAGAGCGAAUGCUUCAACGAGAGAGGGGUUCUUUACCAGUGGCGAUUGUCAGGCCGUCGAUCGUAUUGGCAUCAUACAGAGAACCAGUCGCUGGUUGGAUGGAUAAUUGCAACGGGCCUACCGGGAUCAUUGCUGCCGCCGGAAAAGGCUUUUUCAGAACUAUGUUGUGCCGUAAGGACAAAGUGGCAGAUUUGGUGCCCGUCGACAUAGUGAUAAAUCUAAUGAUUUGCGCAGCAUGGAGGACUGCCACGCAUCGCACCGAUACCAUUUCGAUUUACAACUGUUGCACCGGUCAACAAAAUCCAAUAACAUGGAAGCAGUUCGUUGAUCUAUCAUUCAAAUAUAGCCGGAUACAUCCGGCAAACGAUGUGCUGUGGUAUCCGGAUGGUCGUUGUCACAGCUCCACUAUCAUAAACAAAUUGUGCGUGACGCUUCAGCAUACGCUACCCGCGCACAUCUUAGAUACCUUCGCACGGCUGAAGGGCUCGCGGCCGAUAAUGGUCCGUGUACAAGCGAAACUCUCCAAGGCUGCCAAGUGUCUAGAGUACUUCAGCACGAAAGAAUGGAACUUUAGAGACGACAAUGUACGACGACUCGGUGAGCAGCUCAGUCUAGAGGAUCAAGAAACAUUUAUGUUCGAUGUAAGGCAGAUCGAUUGGCCAUCGUACUUGGAGCAUUACAUCUUGGGAAUACGACAGUUUAUUUUGAAAGAGAGUCCAGACACACUGCCAGCUGCUCGUUCACACAUCACAAAACUAUAUUGGCUUCACAGGGCUAUGCAAUUUGGGAUGCUAAUAAUAAUGUUACGCGUUCUGCUACUACGCAACGCCGCGACGCGAGGAGCCUUCUUUUCGCUGCUGUCUAUCGUACUUCGUAUAUGCCGCUUGAUUGUUUGACGGCUCAGAAUAGGCCCGGUCGAUGAUCGCGAUCAGCGAAACACGAAGCGGCCGUUAUCCAUGGAGCGUUAUUUAAACGUGCGAUUUGUUCUUCGACUUCGUUGCUCAGCCUCCUCAACGAUAAAGCGCUACCUUCAUACUACUUAUCAAUUGGCCUUCUCGAUAUUAAUCGUUGGCGAGUAACAUCAGUUAUACAUAUUUGAUUUAUGAUAAAGUGUCGGUUACCGAUUUGCGCGAGUGAAUAAGAUCUUUGUGAUGAAAUUAUCUCCCGAUAAGUACAAGUUCUCCAAUUUUUCAUAUAUCACAAUAAUAAUAAUAAUAAUAAUAAUAAUAAUUAUUAUUAUUAUUAUUAUUGUUAUUAUUAUUAUUAUUACAUUAAUGUUAUUCCUUAUAUUAUUCCGUGUGAAUCAUCGCAAAAUCAAUCGUCGGUUUCUAUACAUAUACAGUAGUGUGAUUGUCAUUACGUGUUUCAUUAUGCCAUAGAAUAAAAAUAAACGCGCAUUAUCACUUGAUUAUUCCGUUAUAGCGUCAUUGUACAUCGAUACUUUGCACAACGUCAAUAUCUAAUAAAUAAAGCCAAGUUGUGUCGACACGCGAUUGUGUUGCUAAAGCGAGCUCGGUAUGUCGUUAAUCUAGAUAGUCGGUUUUCAGUAAAUGAUAAGAAAUGCUUGCCGGUAACCAUACACACAAAACACAUACACAUACACAUCGUUCUCGCAACACGACGCAUCGAGAAUCCGUACCUUUAUAUUGUUUGUUUGUAAUCUAACAUUAUUUUCUUUUUUUACUCUGUGACGUAAGAUACCUAGAUAGAUAUUUUGCUACAACCGCACGAAAUGGUUCCAUAGUUACGCGUAGAAGUGAAAAUUGCAAUCGAGAUUUAGAAAUAGUAAGAAACCCGAUCACAUACGUAGAAAGAAUACUAUGAUAGAGGGGAGCGGACAAUGUUAAUAUGUUAAUUAGAAUAAAUAUAUAGUAUGUCUUUUUUUAAACUGCCACUGAUACGCGCGAAACUCUUACAAUUAGCCGUAAACGUGUCUUGUUCAAAACAACGAGAACUCUCAGACCGCAUCAAAACAUUCUUACAAACUUAUCGAGAAGUGCGCUAUAUCACACUCUAUCUUAAUGAAAUUCUGUCUAUGUAUCUUACACAUAUUAUUGUCACAGGAUCGAUAAUUUUGAAGGUAUUGGCAACUCUUAUCGGCCAACCCUAUCAAACAAACGAUCCAUCGAUCUGAAGCAAUAAAAAAAUGCAAAAUUCUUACUCACAUGAUGUCUUUUGACACUGAAAAUGAGCGUCAGCGCGAAGAGGCACGUUGAUAAUCAUACUUUUGAACAUACAUCCAUUGUUACCUUUCAAAUGAUCAUGAUAUUGCGCUUUGUAUAUUUAUUAUUUAUUGAAAUAAUUUUUUAUUUACACAUAUAUCAACUACUUUUUUUGCAAGAAUUAAUUUAUUAUCCUAAACGGAGCAGGCUUUCUCUCCUUUAUAUUUCACGAGCAAUCGAUGAAACACUGUCGGGCUUCGGGAAUGAGAAAGGUACACUUGAAAUAGAGGUAAGCGUAAAUGUAACAGAAAUAUCCACGUUAAUUAGCAACGUAAGAAAAUGACAAAUAAUUUUAAUUUUGCGCCACGAGUAAGGGAGGAGUAGUGCUACGAAGGUCACCAUCUGCUAGUCUCGUCUGUAUUGUUAUCUGGUUACACAGUGCAUACAAAAAAAAAACGAUAUUUAAUAUAUAUAUAUAUAUAUAUAUAUAUAUAUAUAUAUAUAUAUAAUUAAUUUAAUUAAUAUUAUACUAUGCUAUUAUAAAAAUUACAUUAAAAAUGAUAAGUCA